UCAAAACGAUCGUUAUCAACGCUGGUUGCUGGCAAUUGACAAAGCGUCUUAUACGAGUUAUACGUAUACCACAGGAAAAUAUUAUUAUGCUCAUUGUUUUCUGUUUAGUGUGUAUACUUAAUAGUAAAUAAAACUGUGUUUAUUUAAACGUAUUUUUUUUUAUUUAAUCGGUAUUUAGUAUACCAUAGUUGAUUAUAAAAGAAUAUUGAAAACACUAAACAACAAAAAAAUGUCCGAUAUACGAAAACGACGUUCUAGUUUUUUCCCAAAACCUGUUGAAGAGAAUGAAAAACAAUUGGAGCUGUUUAAAAACAUGGAUUGGGUAAAUGAAGAAAAAGAAAACAUUGUUUCUAAUUCAAUGAUAUUUGGCGGUCAAGGAAAACAAACAUUACAAGUUUACACAAAAACGGACGUGUUCUCAAUCAAAAAAUAUACUGAAAAAUUGAGAAGUCGUAAACAAGAAUAUCCAAAAUUGGUAUCUAUUAAACAAGAAGAACAAAUUCAUUUAAAAGAGAAAUUACGUAAAGGCAAAGUUGAAAUAAAUUGGGAAACUGCUUGUGAUGGAUUAACAGACUUUGAACGAGAUUUUACUUUUAAUAGACCUAAUUAUAAGUGUUUAGUCGAAAAAAUCCAUUUACUCACGUUACAUACGUCUUUAGUUAAAAGAUCCAAUUAUGAACUAAAUUUUAUUUUAAAUGCAUAUAAUAGGCGGGCUAAUGAAGAAAUAAAUAAAUUACAAGAAUUGUUUAUUGAUAAAAUUGUAGAAGACAGUGGUGUUGGUACUUCAUACUACAGUAGUGAUACAAAUUCGUCAACUACGGAUUCGUCUGAAGACGAAAGUUUAAAAUUUAAUUAAAUUUUGCAAUAUUAUUAAUAAUACAAAUUAUACAAAAAAAAAAAAUUUAUUUCAUAUAAAAUUAUAAAGUGUAUUACCUACAUUUCAAUACAUAUUAGAUUUUUGGGUUAAUAAAUGUAUAAAUCCUAAUACAAAACAAAUUGAUUCAAAUGUUAAUUCUAUAUAACCUAUAAUUAUUUCUAAAUAAAUUAUAUAUGUUUGCCAUCUAAUUAAAUGUAAUGUACCCAAAAUGGUUGCAAUGUUAAGUAUUGAUGAUACAACAAUAGGUGGUGCUUUAUCUGUAAGGUUUCCUUUGCUGCCCAAAGCUAUACGGCUUCUUUGUAAUGGGUACAAUAACGCGAGAAUGAACCAUUCAACAGCUGUAAUCCUCGUUGGAUAUGGUAAUUUAUAAGUUUUUAAAAUGCAAACUAUUAUCUCAAUAAUGUAAUACAACAAAAAAUAAUAACGAUUAAAAUAAAGAAUAACUUGGUAAUGUAAUGAAGGAGCCAUAUUUAAAAUAAUAUCUCUUAAACUUUUAUUCCUUAAUAAAUAAUUGUUUUUUA